UCCCCUCUCGACUUUGUCAAACAAACCGUCUCUUUGCUCCGCGAGGCCGCACCAAGUGCAUUUUAGCCUUGUUGGCCUGUUUAUAUUUUUUAACCAAUUUGACAAGAUGUCGAGGAGUAAGGCUGCAGAAGAGACCGACAAACAGACUCGUAUAGCCAUUGUCAAUGCCGAUAAAUGCAAACCGAAAAGAUGCCGGCAAGAGUGCAAAAAGUCUUGUCCGGUUGUCAGAAUGGGAAAACUUUGUAUAGAAGUCUCGCCUAAUAGCAAAAUCGCUGCCCUGUCUGAAGAACUUUGCAUAGGAUGCGGUAUUUGUGUCAAGAAAUGUCCAUUCGAAGCCAUAACAAUCAUAAACAUCCCGAGCAAUUUAGAAAGACACACAACGCACAGGUAUUCAAGGAAUUCAUUUAAGUUGCAUCGACUGCCUAUACCGAGGCCUGGAGAAGUUUUAGGUUUAGUAGGACAGAACGGUAUCGGUAAAUCUACCGCUUUGAAAAUAUUGGCCGGGAAGGAAAAACCUAACUUAGGAAGAUAUGCGGAUCCUCCAGAUUGGAUAGAAAUUCUGAAUCAUUUCCGAGGUUCAGAAUUGCAGAAUUAUUUUACAAAAAUUUUAGAGGAUCAUUUGAAGGCUCUCAUUAAGCCUCAGUACGUUGAUCAAAUUCCGAAGGCUGUCAAGGGAACUGUUUGUCAACUUUUGGAUAAAAAGGACGAGCGGAAGAAUCAGAAAGAGAUUUGUGAACUUUUAGAUCUAACUCACAUCAGAGAAAGAGACAUUGCAGCUUUAUCGGGAGGAGAAUUGCAACGAUUUGCAUGUGCAAUGGUGUGCAUACAAGACGGUGACAUUUUCAUGUUCGAUGAACCUUCUUCAUAUCUUGAUGUCAAGCAGAGACUCAAUGCUGCCGUUACGAUAAGAUCGUUGAUACAUCCAGACAAGUUCAUUAUAGUAGUAGAGCACGAUCUGUCAGUAUUGGACUACCUCUCCGACUUUAUUUGUUGUUUAUAUGGACUUCCUGGUGCCUAUGGGGUCGUUACUAUGCCUUUCUCGGUUCGAGAAGGUAUUAACAUAUUUUUGGACGGUUAUGUGCCAACGGAAAACAUGAGAUUCAGGACUGAAUCGCUGGUCUUUAAAGUAGCUGAAUCGGCUACAGAAGAAGAGGUGAAACGUAUGAACCAUUACGUUUACCCAGCAAUGUCAAAGACAAUGGGCGAUUUCCACCUGGAAAUAAAACAGGGCCAGUUUUCGGAUUCCGAAAUUUUAGUAUUAUUGGGCGAAAACGGUACCGGUAAAACGACAUUCAUCAGAAUGCUGGCCGGAAACUUGGAACCAGAUGCAGGUUCUGCAAAGUUACCACAAUUACACAUAAGUUAUAAACCGCAGAAGAUUUCGCCGAAAUCUCAAGGGCACGUCAGGCAUUUGCUGCACGAGAAAAUUAGGGACGCAUAUAUACAUCCACAGUUCAUAACAGACGUAAUGAAACCCAUGAAAAUCGAAGAAAUCAUGGACCAAGAAGUCCAAAACCUCUCCGGCGGCGAACUGCAGCGCGUCGCCCUCGUUCUCUGCCUCGGCAAACCGGCCGACGUCUAUCUCAUAGACGAACCCUCAGCCUACUUGGACUCCGAACAGCGUCUGAUGGCAGCCAAAGUGAUCAAACGAUUCAUCUUGCACGCCAAGAAGACGGGAUUCAUAGUCGAACACGAUUUCAUAAUGGCCACUUAUCUGGCUGAUAGAGUUAUUGGUUUCGAGGGAACGCCGUCGGUUAACGCGGUGGCCAAUUCGCCGCAGAGUCUGGAUACCGAACAAAAACGUGCAGGCCAAUAUUUCUUCCUGGAAGAAUAGACGACAAAAAAACAAACAAAUUGAUUGCUGCUACAAUUAAAUUAAUAAAACAGGUCUUAGGAAAAUAAAAGGAAAGUAAAGUAAAGUAAAGCGCUUUAUAUAUUUAUACAACUUGGGACAUCAUCAAAUUUAUACGAACAGAUAAAUAUAUA